GGCGGCCUCCCUGCUGGGGGAGGGCCCGGGGUCCAGCGGCGGCGGAAAGCCUGGCACUCGGGGAGCGAGCGGCGCGAUGCAGGCUCAGCCGCCGCUGCACAGCGGCUACUUCCACCCGGGGCUUCGCGCGUGGCAGGCGACGGCCGCCGCCCUCCACGCCCGGCACCUCGUCUACCCGGUCUUCGUCACGGACAGCCCGGAUGCCGUGGAGGAGAUCGCCAGCCUGCCCGGCCAAGCUCGGCACGGGGUGAACAAACUGGAGCAGCUGCUGGGCCCCCUGGUGGCCGAUGGGCUGACCUGCGUGCUGAUCUUCGGCGUCCCAAGCCGGGCCAUGAAGGACGAGCGUGGCUCUGCAGCCGAUGCCGAUGACAUGCCCGUCAUCCAGGCCAUACGGACGAUCCGCGCUUUGUUCCCCCAGCUGCUGAUUGCAUGUGAUGUCUGCUUGUGCCCUUACACCUCCCAUGGGCACUGCGGUCUCCUUCGGCAGGAUGGCACCCUUCAGAACGAGGCCAGCUGCCGGAGACUCGCUGAGGUGGCCCUGGCCUACGCCAAGGCAGGUUGCCACAUUGUGGCCCCCUCGGAUAUGAUGGACGGGCGCAUCUAUGCAAUCAAGGAGGCCCUGGUUGCCAACAAUCUGGGCAAUAAGGUGUCAGUCCUGAGCUACAGCGCCAAAUUUGCUUCCUGCUUCUAUGGCCCUUUCAGAGACGCGGCCUUAUCCAAGCCCGCCUUCGGGGACCGACGGUGUUACCAGCUUCCUCCAGGAUCUCGAGGGUUGGCUUUGCGGGCAGUGGACCGGGACGUGAAGGAGGGGGCAGACAUGCUGAUGGUGAAACCUGGGAUGCCCUACCUUGACCUGGUGCGGGAAGUGAAGGACAGACAUCCCAACCACCCCCUGGCAGUCUACCACGUCUCGGGAGAGUUUGCCAUGCUGUGGCACGGGGCGCAGGCCGGGGCCUUUGACCUGAAGGCGGCAGUGAUGGAGGCCAUGACCAGCUUCAGGCGAGCAGGAGCCGAUGUCAUCAUCACCUAUUAUGCGCCUAAUCUUCUCCAGUGGCUGAAGGAAGAGCAGGCGUGAAGGGGGUCCCUGGCCUGGCUGCCAAGAGGGAAACACGGGACAUGCCAGCAAGCACGUUUGGGCUGCCCAAGGGGGGGGAAACUUUUCUUUUACAGCUUUUGGAAGAUCUUGCUUCAAAGUUUCAUGAAGUAGAGAAACUGGGCUGCUCCUAGCAACGUUGUAACCGGAUUCCCAGUCCCCCUUCCUGAUACACUUUCUUUUAAAAACAAAACAUUUGCCUUUUAAAAUACUGCCA